UUCCCAGCACUAGUUAACCAUAGAGGUCUGGAGGUCUAUACAGACAGACAGGAAGUGACAGAGGUGGGCAGAAAGAGGAAGUGAUGUAGCUGAGCAGAGAGAGGAAGUGAGACGGCAGGACACAGAAAAGAUAUAGGUGCCUGCAAAGAGAAAAUCAAAGGAAAAGCACAAGAUCAGAAGAGAAAUGAAUGCUAUGGAAGACGCCCAUGACCUAAGUCAGGUGUCUGGACCAUGCUCAGAGGAUGAGGCCGACCUGUGUUCUAACAGACAGCAAACAGAAACUGAGGAUGAGCCCUGGGAGCUGCGUACAAGGAAAACUGGGAACAAUGUAGCUAAAGAAGAGAUAAAGAAAACAGAGCCAGUGAGAUCCAGAGUUUCAGUCAAGCAAAAAGAGAAGAAAGAGCAUGAAAGUGUGAAGACGCAGUUGCCAGGAAAAGACGGGCUUUAUGCUGGAGAUACUGGAAACCAACAAUAUGACAUGGCUCUGAGGAUCCUGCACGCAAAAGCAAAACAGACUUUGAAUCAGUUGCAAGAGGCACAGGAUCAACAAAGAGAAGUUGUACAGAGUUCUCAGAAGAUGCAGGAUCGCUUGCAGAAGCUUCAAGCUGAGUGUUCUGAGGCAGAAGUUAUAAUACAAGAGCAAGGGGAGAAAAUUGCAGAGCUUCAGAAGCUACGUGCAGGUUUGACUAGAGACAAAGAGGAACAGCUAAAGGAACUCAGCAAAAUUAUACCAUCUCUGAAGUGUUCUUUGGACCAAAAGAAGAAUAAAAAUGAAGAGUUAGAGAGGGAGUUCACCGAAAUAAAGAAACACUUAGGAGUAAUGAGAAAGAAAUUGAAUGAUCAUGAAAAUGGAGAAUUUAGUUGCCAUGGAGAUUUAAAAACUAAAGAACUGGAAGUGAACAUUUCAGUGGAUAUGUUAAAAAAUGAGAUCCAUGAAUUGAAAGAAAAAUGGGAAAUUAUAAACGCCAAAUAUCUACCUCUGAAUGUACAGUUUAAAUACAUCAAGCAGGAGUUGUUAUCAAUAAAAAUAGCACAAAAGCAAUACGAAAAGCUCCACAAGGACCAGAAGAUUCUAGAACAAGAUGCACUAAACCUGCAACACCAGCUUCGAGAGAACAUGGCAAAAUUAGAAGACAAAAAACAUGCAAUGGCCUUAAGAGAUAGUAAUUAUGAUUCACUAAUGAGCCAAAUGGAACUCAGGCUUAAAACUCUUGAAUCAGAGCUUGAGAAAAUGGAAGCUGAAGGAGAGUCCAACGCAAGAAAGGCAGAGGAAUACAAGCAGCGCUGUGUCAGAGAGCGGGAGCUCAGCAAGAUGCUAGCACAGAAGCUCCACAAAACGAGCAGCAAACUGAGUAAAGUCAGAACCGACAUCCUGCUGGUGACAGAAGAGAACAGAACUUUACAGAGCGCUCUUAGUACACGGCCUGUCCCCAAAUGUCCUGGUGUCACAAAGCAUAGUGCUUACGUAAAACGCAACCCUAGCUUCAUUACAAGCAGAAAUCCAGAGCCUUCAAUAUCCAGUCCUCAGCUUUCUGAGCCUAUGCAGGGGAGUCUGCUCAAGGAGCAGCAAAAAAUGAUAAAAGACAUAACUGAAAAGGUGAAUAAAGCGGCAGCUGAACUUGAGUGUUGGUCCUUGGAAGCUUAUCCUUCAGGAUCUAAAUAACAAGUCAAGAUCUACUUUAGGGAGAUAACAAAAAAUAUGUACAGAUUGAAAAUAAAUGUAUUAUUAUUCUGAAAGAAUACAUUUUAAUGACUGUUUAUGUAACAUUUUAUUACUUUCCCAUUAAAUACACUAUGUGAUAACUGUA